AUGGCUCCAGUCCUCCUCUACGGCACCUCCCUCUUCGGCGACGUCCUCCGUCUCCCCGACGCCCCCCUCGCGCAACCCUUCCUCGACCUCCUCUCCGCGAACGGCAUCAAACACCUCGACACCGCAUACGGCUACCCCACCAGCGAAGACGCCACAAAGUCCGAGGCCGUCAUCGGCGCCCUCAAAGCCGGCCCGGUGCAGGGGUUUACGAUCGACACAAAAGUCCGCUCAGACGUCCCCGGAAGCCACGCCUAUGACGAACUCAUCAAGACCGCGGUCGAGCAGCCUAAGCGCUUGGCGGUCGACCAGAUCAAUAUCCUCUACCUGCACGCGCCCGACCGAUCUGUUCCGUUUGAGGAAACACACCGGGCGAUGGACGAAUUGUACAAAAAAGGCGUGUACAAGUACUUUGGGCUCUCAAACUACACGGCCGACGAGGUCAAGGUGUUUAUCGAAAACUCCAAAAAGCACGGCUGGAUCAAACCGACUUACUUCCAGGGCCUCUACAACAUGAUUGCCCGUAAACCCGAGAAGGCUCUCUUCCCACUGCUCAAAGAGAACGGCAUUGCCUUCUACGCCUACUCACCCGUCGCCGGCGGCUUCUUCUCCAACAUCAAGCGCGGCGAAAAGCCCCCCGAGGGCGGCCGCUUCGACCCCAACGCCCCCUACGGCAAGCUCUGGCAAUCCUUCUUUUACAAAGAUACGUUGUUCGCUGCCAAAGACCGCGUCGCCGAGCUCUCGGCCAAGCACGGCAUCUCCGGCAACGCGAUCGCGCUGCGCUGGCUUGUGCAUCAUUCUGAGCUCGCGAAGUUUGAUGAGCGCAAUGGGGUUAUUCUUGGAGGGAGUAAGUUGUCGCAGUUGGAGGAGAAUAUCAAGCACGCGGUUGAUGGGCCGUUGCCGGAUGAGAUUGUAGAGGAGAUUGAAAAGAUUUGGUCGUUGGUUGCAGAGGAGGAUGAGCCUACCUACAACUUCUAA